AGGGCUCAACUGUAUGACUAUCUAAAGAGCAGGAUGAACACUGUUGCACCUAAUUUGACUGCUCUUGUUGGGGAGCUUGUUGGUGCUCGCCUUAUUGCCCAUGGUGGCAGUUUGUUAAAUCUUGCAAAGCAGCCUGGGAGCACAGUCCAGAUUCUUGGGGCGGAAAAGGCCCUCUUUAGAGCUCUUAAAACAAAGCAUGCCACUCCCAAAUAUGGGCUUAUCUACCACGCAUCCCUGGUUGGUCAGGCAGCACCGAAGCACAAGGGAAAAAUUUCUCGUUCCCUUGCAGCAAAAACUGCAUUGGCAAUUAGAUGUGAUGCUCUUGGAGAUAGUCAGGAUAGCUCUAUAGGAUUGGAGAGCCGUGCCAAGCUUGAAGCACGAUUAAGGAUUCUCGAAGGUAGAGAACUGGGACGUUCUGCUGGAUCGGCUAAAGGCAAACCUAAAAUAGAAGUGUAUGACAAGGAUCGAAAGAAGGGAACUGGGGGAUUAAUAACCGCUGCCAAGACAUAUAAUCCUGCUGCAGACUCCCUUAUUGGAAAAUUAGCAGCUGCUGCAGAUGAGAAAGAAAAUAAGAGAAAGACUGAAACAGAUCCUUCUCAACCAGAGGAGACUGUGACUGGUAAAGAGAAGAAGGAGAAGAAAAAGAAGAAGAAAACUGGUGAAGAGGCUGCUGAUACAAAUGCCAUUGCUGAACCCUUGGAGGAAGAGCCAGCAACAAAAGAAAAGAAAAAGAAGAGAAAGCAUGCUGAGGAUAAUGAAGCACAAAACAAUGGUGAAGCUGUUGAAGCAGGAGAGAAGAAAAAGAAAAAGAGAAAGCACGAAGAGCAAGACGAAGAGGAGCCCGAGAUGCCGAGCAAGAAGAAAGACAAAAAGAAGAAGAAGAAGAAAGGUGGGGAUUGAGAAAAAUUUUCAGAAAGCUGCCAUUGAUGGCUGCUACACACAAUUUUGGACAAUUAGCAAUAUCACUGUCCUUCUCAAUGUAAAAUUACAUCUAGUGCAGAAUAUUAAGUCAGUUUCAACGCUGUAUUUCUUUUUUCUUCUUUGUGGAUGUGAUUGCAUGACUUGUUAUUCAGAUGAGGAUAUGUAUGUUUACCAGGAAGCAAAGUGUUUUACCUCCCUUGUUCCUGAGCUCAGAUGAGAAA